AUGUUGUCUGCUGGUGUGAUUCUAAUGUUCCCUUGGGCUUUUUUCUCCUGUUCAGGCUUGUACCACAUCUCGCAGAACAAGGUGGCAGUGCUGCUCCUGGCUGGAGGACAAGGAACUCGGCUGGGAGUGAGCUAUCCUAAGGGCAUGUACAACGUGGGGUUGCCCAGUGGCAAAACCUUGUAUCAGAUCCAGGCAGAAAGAAUCCGCAAAGUGGAGCAGCUCGCUGGCCAGAGACACGACUGCAAGUGUGCCAUCCCCUGGUACAUCAUGACAAGUGAGUUCACACUGGCGCCAACAGAGGAAUUCUUUGUACAACACAACUACUUCAAUCUGGACAGAUCCAACGUGGUGAUGUUUGAACAGAGGAUGCUGCCUGCUGUCACCUUUGAUGGGAAAGCCAUCUUGGAGGAGAAGGGGAAACUUGCUAUGGCUCCAGAUGGCAAUGGAGGCUUGUACCGGGCUUUGGUGGAUAACAAGAUCUUGGAGGACAUGAAGCAGCGUGGGAUCCAGUAUGUCCAUGUAUACUGUGUGGACAAUAUUCUGGUGAAGAUGGCAGAUCCAGUCUUCAUAGGCUUCUGUGUUUCCAAAGGGGCAGAUUGUGGUGCAAAGGUGGUGGAGAAGGCCUACCCCACAGAGCCAGUUGGGGUGGUGUGCUGCGUGGAUGGCCUCUACCAGGUGGUGGAGUACAGUGAGAUCAGCCUGGAGACUGCGCAGCAGCAAAGCCCCGCCGGGGAACUGGUGUACAAUGCUGGCAAUAUCUGCAACCAUUUCUUCACAGUUGAGUUCCUGGAGAUGGUAGUUCAGAAAUAUGAGCCCCAGCUGAGGCAUCAUGUAGCCAUAAAGAAGGUGCCCUACAUUGACGAGGAGGGAAAUCUGGUAAAACCGCUAAAACCGAAUGGGAUAAAGCUGGAGAAGUUUGUGUUUGAUGUGUUCCAGUUCUCUAAGAAUUUUGUGGCAUUUGAAGUUUUGAGAGAAGAGGAGUUCUCACCAUUAAAAAAUGCAGACACAGCUGACCAAGACACUCCUACCACUGCUCGGCAAGCCCUCCUGGCCCAGCACUACCGCUGGGCUCUCAAGGCUGGGGCCAGAUUUCUGGAUGAAAAUGGUUGUAGGAUACCAGAGAAACUCAGUCUCUCAGGAACUGAUGAUCCUCCAGCUGUGUGUGAGAUUUCUCCGUUAGUGUCUUACUUUGGCGAGGGUCUGGAGACAUACAUGAAGGACAAAGACUUCCUUUCUCCCUUUGUACUCGAUGAAAACAAAGUGGAGGUGCUAGGAACUUCUUGA